AUUUUUGUGGAUCCUGACUCAGAAAGCUAAAACCUUGUUUAUGAUCCGGAUCCUAAGCACUGCCUUUAAUUAAUAAGCUGAGAUGAAUUAUGCCUGGUGUAGAGAGAUGAAUAUGCUUGAACCCCCUUCUCGUAUCUCCUGCAACCUUAUUCUUGGUAUGCACUGCAUACUUUGGGCUGGAAUUCUGCUGAGAAUCCUUGCUAUUGUAUACUCAGGACAAUUACAGAUUCUGGAUUUUAACUCCUUAGUUCGUAUCAUGAGCGGAGACACUAUUCCAGAGAAGGACAGAUUAUCUGCUAGACUUGUUCAUGUUAUUUUGUUUAUUGUUACAUGUCAAGGUAUUCUCCCUCAUGUGUAUGUUCUUGCAAUGACUCGAGAGAACAGUUCUAUCUGGCAGUUUAUUAUUUUGAUCCUAGUUCUCGCUGUAAUUGUCUACAAUCAUGUUAUCAUCUUUAUUACAAGGAAGAUAGUAGUUCAACAGCCUCCGACGCAAGAAGAGAUGAACCUCUUGGUGGAGGUUGUGUCAAGGAUAGAGAGCAUGGUUAAUAGAACUACCCAGGAGGAGGAGGAGGGCGAGGAUAGACAUAUUGGACCCAUCUUACAUCACCAAGAGAACUGUGAAAAGACCCGGCUAUGUUUUCACAGUAGCUUUGCAUACAUGUCGAACAUCUAUCUCUUCAUCCCCCUCGUCAUCACACUCGUCAGGACUCUCUUCACUCUGAGGAUGAGAAAGUGGAUUCUGAAGAUUCAGUUUGUUGGACCGUUCCUUAGUUUCAUAACUUCAACAAGAAUAAGGGACUAUUCAUUCUUUGUCUUUCAGGUUUUCGUUGUUGGAGUAAGUAUAUCUGGAAUGACACAUUUCUCCGAGAAAACUAUCGAUGAAUAUAUUGAGAAGGAUGAAAACUCUCUUUUUUUCGUAUUGUCCUACAUUCUCCUAGAUACCAGGGAGACAUUCUUUUUCAUAUUUCAUAAUUUAAAUGCUAACCUUCUCUCCGUCCUUGGUUUAAUCAGUAUCUUUGGUUUGUAUAUCAGAUACCACAACCUGUACUGUCAAGGGAAGAAUGUGGUGUCAGCGUAUAGGCUGAAAACCAAUAUAAAUAAGUUUAUAGAGGCACACAGGAAUGUUCUGGAGAUUGAUAAUAAGCCGAGUAAAAACAAAUAUCAUCCCAUCACGUGCGGGGUUCAACCGGUCAUCUCAGGACAAAGGAUUUGUUCUUUCGAUACAGAGGAGUAG